CUUUGUUCCAAUUGACUAGUUUGUGCCCCUUUGCACACUCUGCAUUUAACACACAAUCUUUUGGCUGAAACAGGUGCUUUAAUAGAUUUAAACUGCAUUUAUAAAUGUAAUUGGUGUUUAAAUUUGUAAACAAAACAAACCAGAUACAUCGGGGGAUGCUAAAAGUCUGACUCAACUGUCAUUUUUAAUUCCAUAUAAUAUACAAUAUGUUGUGUGCUCUCCAACAACUUACCAUUGUAAUUAUGAUUUGACAAUGGGCAGGUUAAAAAGAAAAAGGCUUGCAUAUAAAACACAUGCAGUGUCUGGAGAACGGAAAUAUUUCUCUUAUGGGGCCAGGGAUUAAAUAGCUUCAUGUCCUAACUUGCCCCAUUUGUGAGCCACAAUGAGGGUGAAUCACUCAAAAGGGGCGGGGAGAGAGAUUUAAAAUGAAAAGUCAUGCCAGAAAAAAAUACAACACUUUUCUUUUUAAUUUUCAGGUGAAUUUAGUCCUAGUGAAAGAAGGUGUCCUACUGAGACUCUCAAAGAAAACUAAUUAUCCCCAGGACAGACAUUGUGGAGCCAACCCUAACCGAGCUUUGGAAAAUGUGUGAACAACAUCUUUUGUGGGGGAGACCUGAUGGCAAUUAGACGAUACUUAUCUGGGCCUUUGAUGUUUGUUUACAUAAACAGCAUUUUCCUUGGGACUCCCUUUAUAAAAGAAGCAACCCAGAGAGAGGAAUUCUCUGACUCUCCUGCUCAAAAAUCCAUCCUCCCCUAGCUUGUGUUGAAAUAGAAGACCGCCAGGAUGACCAAGGCCCCUUUCUCUGUAGAGUGGCUUUCCCAGAGCAGCCAGGACACCUAUGAACCACAGCAAAGGCCCAGUAGCUACGCAGAAGGCACUCAGGGCAGGACUUUUGCAUCACAUGGAUUGCUCACCCGGGUCGGAAAUCCAGUCUGCAACUCCAGAACAAACCCACAACCGCACCAAACAGGGAAGAAGGGUGAACGUAUAAAGACCCUGGACACCUCUUCUAAGAACGACCCCAGGAGUGAGAAGCUUUUGGAUUCUUCCUCCUCUAUAGCAGCAGCACCAGCCGCAGCCAAGCGGGCGUGGGGCGCCGCGGAGUCCGGUUCCGACUGGGAGAGCGGCCGCUCGGAGUGCCAGUCCCCCGAGGAGCCCGGCGGCAGGGGCAGCCGCCGCUUGCGCACCGCCUUCAGCGUGGAGCAGAUCAGCACCCUGGAGAGCUCCUUCAAGCGCCACAAGUACCUGGGCUCCGCCGAGCGCCGCAAGCUGGCCGCCAAGAUGCAGCUGUCCGAAGUGCAGAUCAAGACCUGGUUCCAGAACCGGCGCAUGAAGCUGAAGCGGCAGCUGCAGGAGAUGAGGCCGGAGCCCUUCUACAGCCCCGUCCCCUUCGGAGCGCGGGGCGGGCCCCUGCCCCUGCACUACGUCUACCCGGCUCAGCAGCAGCUCCUGGCUCACCUCCCCAGGCAGGAGGCCGUACCCGCCAGCUUCGCCUUCCCAGCACUGCCAGCCUCUGCCCUGAGCCCCGCCAGCACCUUCCGGGGGGAGCCAGGCUUCUGGCCGGCGCCCUGCUUUGUGGGCUACAGAGGUUCCAGGGCCUUCUUGCUGCCCAUUUGAACCCGCUGGGCUGGCCUGUGACUCAGAGAAGGAUUUGCACUAACUCUGGCUCUGCGGGGUUGCCUAGGCCUGUACCUGCCUGCUGUGUUUAUGAUGCGAUCCCCUGGUACAUAGCGACAAUAUUUUAUUAUGGACACUUACAUGAGGAUAAUGGGGCUGAGUAUUAAUAUAAUGUGGAACUAUCCAAUAAAACCGAACACUUGCCAGCUUUCACUCUACUUCCUUGCACAAGACCUUGGGAGCCCUUACUUGCCAUAACCCUGAACACAGCUUCUUUCUUUCCUUCCUUCCGCCCUGCCUCCUAAAUUCAGGAUGUCAAUUAAUCUGCAAAGCCCUGACCCAAAUCCAAUUCUUCCCUUCCAUGGGCCCAGAAUAGGCUCCUAUAUAGAUUUGCAAUUUGAGCUGGUUUAAUAGUCUCUGCCUGGAGACCACAUUUUAAGGAAGUGGGUUGAGAGUUUAAGAAUCAUAACCUGGAGAAACUCGAUACCCUGCCAAACCACCCAGCAGCCAGCAGAGUGUUGAACCUUGCAGUAUGCAUACAAUGGGUGAAAUCAUGUGCUCAUGGCAAAAUUCCCAUUGACUGCAAUGGACUUGACUGUGGCCAGGAUUUCACACUGUGUUAUAGUGCUGCUGCCUGAUCCUUGGUACAGAGGCGCCUAUACUUGCCCUGUUCUGGUUAAAACUGUUACUAUUAUAGACACUCCAUCAUUAUCCAAUUUAAAUCACUAGGAGUGAAAUCCUAGGUCCAUUGAAGUCAAUGGCAAAACUCUUACUGAGUGACUUCAGUGGGGCCAGGAUUUCCCCAUAGGGAAGUUUGCUACUGACACAAACAGGAACAAGAUUGGGCCCUGUGUCUUCAACUACUCCCUGAGUGGCUCUGCUUCUAUUUUAUUUAAUCUGACAGCACUAAUAUAUAAUGACCAUAGGAUUCAUUUUCAGAUUUAUUCAUGCAUCUAAAAUAAGGUGUUAAUAUUUGGGAAAUCAGCUUCCUACAUUUAAGCAUACAAUGAUAAGUCUAAGAGAUCUGUCUAGAAUCGGGCCUGCAGCUCUUAUUCACAUGAAAAGCAGAUAGCUACAUCAGUAGGAUUACUCUUGUAACCUUUCAGGAUCAGGCCAAUUACAGUAGUGACUGACCUGGAGGAACUGCUAUGUUUUACAAGAUCAGAAAGGAAUGGAAGACAUAUUUACAUGAGAGGCCCUGAUAGUCUAUGGUGGAACAAGUAUGACACAGACAAAAGUACAUAUAUGUGUGCAAAGCAGACUGGCUCAUGCACAUUAAUUUUUAAUAUUUAUACACUAGUGCUACAUUUUAAAUGUAUUUUUGUGCUAGCCAACCAAUUACUGGGGAAUACCUUUUAAAAGACACAGAGUGUAUAGACAAAUUAGAUAGGCAAUUAGUAGGCAUUUUUUAAAAAAAGUAUAAAAUUUUAACUCCUCACCCUGAAAAACACCACCCAGCCCUUUGAGAUUUCUUUGAUACCAAAUACCAUGAAAGGGUAGGGUAUUUGUCUUUUUGUUUGUUUGUUUUUGUUUUAACAAAUGAAUAUGCAAGAAUAAAUAAUCUCUAGCUCAACCAAGUGUGGUUAAAUGACAAUGUUCAAAUUAUAGGUGUUCCUGGAAAUGUUGUGCCUCUGGGAAGCCUUCUGAAAAAUAAUACCAUACUCACAUGAACUCAUCCCACCCAGAUUAAUCCAGAUUUACUUUUCUAUUUACUCUUAUCGUUGAUCCAGCCUUGUAACUUCUUUGUCAGCUUAGACUCCUGUCAGUCUCCUGUCACUCGGGGGUCCCACCAUAAUGAUAUUCAGACACUCCAUAGUAUCAAUCAGGUGUCAAGUUGCCUUCAAUAAAAUCCAAAGAUAAAACAUUGGUUAGUCUGUCCCAUUUAUAUUUUGCUGUGAGAUUCACUGUUGGUUUUUUAAAAUUUAAAUAAUACUACCUUAAAUAAGAAAUUCACACUCCGCAAGGGCCCAUUGGCAGCCCAUGGAAAUCAAUGGAAAUGGGGGUGGGAGGACAGGAGAGAUAAACUGGAAAGGAUUGUUCUGGUUUCAUUGACUUCAACUGAGCUAUAAAAAGUUACACCAACUGAGGAUCUACCCCAAGAUAUUUUGAAAGACUUCCAUUGGUUUCAGAUCAGGUCUCCUACACUGCAUCCCUUUAAGCUGCUCUGACCCCUUGGCCCAGGCAUAUGGCUUUGUUUUGCUUUCUCCCUUGUGCAGUCCAGAAUAGGCUGGACUGGUGCUGAGCUAGAAUGCAUACAAGAGACUGUAAACUUGGUCUUCUGAACAGGGUCCCUAGUUUGGAAGCUAAACCCAUAUUUCGAGGGUUUUUUUUAAAUAUGGCUCUUAAUAUUCUCUGUAAUGUUCAACUCAGGGAACAUGUCAACAUUUUGGGUUUAAAACUCCAUCUUAAUAUUUGCUUGGGGGGGUUCAAAAUAGAUGUGCAGGAAAAAUAGAGGUUUGUGGAUUUAAAUGUACUUCUGGGCUAUAAGAAAUAAGCCUAAGGGUUUGCCUGCUAUUAGUGUGACCUUUUAAGAAAUCAAAAGCAAAAUGAGUGGAUUUGAUUGAGGAAAGUGUUUUGAAUGCAACCUAAAUUAGUUGUAGAUUUAAACGUUAUUUCUGAAAUGCAACAUUUGUCCUCCUGAAGUAGCUACAUUGGCUUUCAUCUUCCUUCUGUUGAUCAAUCUUCUGAGAUUAUGAAUUGUACCUCUUAAAUGCAUGAAUGUAUUAAGAUAUCUCCAAGGAAGCUCUCAUAUGGUAGAUUUCUUAUCAGGGC